AUGAUUUUUAAUGUGUAUAGCAUAGUGUUUGUUGUGUUGAAUUUUAUUGGUAAUAUUCAAGCAGAAGGAGGUAGUUUAUGUGCCGGUAAAAAUGUAACUAGUCAACCUGUUAUUGAGUAUUGUGAUUCUCAAGAUGGUUAUCUAAUUUUUCGAUGUUGUCGUUCAUAUGAUAAUGAAACAUUCAUAGCUGCUGAUUUAAUGGACCUUAAUUUAACUGAAAUCCCUGAUUUUACACAAUUUGAAAAUUACAAUUUAAGUGUUAUUGAUCUUCGUUCAAAUCCUGAACUUAUACCUUCACCGGAUUAUGAUUUUCUCACAUUAAAAUAUCUUGAUGACCUUAUUUUACCUGAAAACUUUAGUUGUCCAGGUGGACACGAUGUAUGGGAAAUAGUUGAUAAAAUAGCUGAUCCUGUAGGAAAUCGUUGUAGACAUCAAAAAAAUUUUUGUUCAAAUUUAACAGAUAUAUGUGAUGAAAAUGGUUCAUAUUGUAGUACGAAUGGACCUAAGCAUUUUUUAUGUUUAUGUAAAGAUGGUCUUCAUGGUUAUAAAUGUUUACGAAAUGGCAAAUUUCCAACAGUUGCAUUUUUUGUUUCGACUAUAGCUGUAACUGCGAUUGCAAGUACUUUUCUUUAUUGGACACAAAGACGACAUGUUAAACAAUAG